CUAAGUUCUCCCAAAAGACCGGUUAUUAGCGUUUUAAUACUAGCUUUAUUUAGACGAUCUUAGCACGGCGAGAACUAGAGAGAGACUGACUCAAGCGUCCAGUGCUGCGAGUGUGUGACACGGCGAGAACUAGAGAGAGACUGACUCAAGCGUCCAGUGCUGCGAGUGUGUGAGUGAGUGUUAGUGUAAUGACGAGGGGUCUGGCAAUAUCAUAACAGCUUUCAACUUGAGCUACAUGGAGGCCAAAUCGUUUCUUUUGGAGAGGCUCAGGGAGCGCGAAGACCACACGUCGGAUCAGCCUAACGUUACGCUAGGUUGCGAGAACUUGAACCAUGUGCAGUUACCUCAGAUCCAACUGCGGACAUUCACCGGAGAUGACGACGAUUGGGUUAGCUUCCGAGAUUUGUUUACGUCGCUCAUCCACUGGCGGAACGACCUGUCCGGUGUGGAAAAGCUACAGUACCUGAGGGGUUGUUUGUUUGGCAAACCUGCGACGAUGGUAGACAAGUUCAAGAUGAGCAACGCGGACUACCAGUUAGCUUGGGAAGAUUUGCUGAACUAUUACAACAACAGCAAGCAAAUGAGGAAGCGUCAGAUUCAGCAUCUCUUCGAACUGCCAGCCAUGUCCAAAGAAUCUUCUGAGGAGUUGCGCGAUCUCAUCCAAGGAUUUGAGAAGGUUGUCCAAUCGUUGGACCAGAUUGUACAACCAGGCGACUACAAGGACUUGCUUCUGGUGCACAUGCUGACGGAUCGUCUUGACCCGGUAUCACGGCGAGGCUGGGAGGAGCACUCGUCUACCAAGGAGCAGGACACGGUUAAGGACAUGCUGGAGUUCUUGCAGCGGCGUAGUCGUGUGCUCGAGUCGUUGCCGCCGAAGUCAACUAACGCAAAGAGUACAUCCCAGCAACCACAUCAACAACCGAAGUCGAAACCGUCGGUGGUCAGGACUAACUACAGCACCGCUCAAGCGUCAGGAGAACGCUGCCCAGCGUGCACGGGAACACAUCUUCUUCACAGAUGCGCGGUGUUCCAGAGGAUGACGGUUUCGGACAGGGAGUCUCUGCUGCGCACGCAUUCGCUGUGUCGCAAUUGUCUCAAACCUGGACAUCUUGCGAGGGGUUGCCAGUCGAAGUACUCUUGCCAGAACUGUAAAGCGCGACACCACACACUUCUCUGUUUCCGCCCUCGGAAGGAUCAGGUGAAGGUCGCAUCAACUACCAGACGGGAGAAUGCUCCCAGGGAAGAACCUCAAGGUACAGCAGGUUCAAACUCAUCUCAGGUCAAGGACGCAUCUGAGACAGUAGUCGCAAGCGCUGCUCAACGUUUCGCAACACAUGUUUUGCUGGCAACAGCUGUCGUCGUUGUUGAGGAUGACAACGGGAAUCGGCUUCCAGCGCGGGCUCUGCUCGACUCGGGUUCGGAGAGCAACUUUAUGUCGGAACGAUUAAGCCAGCGACUACGGGUCAAAAGGAACAAGGUGGACAUCUCGGUGUCCGGGAUUGGACAAGCAGUCUCAAGAGUAAAGCAGCAGAUUCAAGCCACGGUUCGCUCACGGAUCUCAGAUUUCUCUCGAGCAAUGCGAUUUCUAGUUCUCCCAAAGGUUACGGUCAAUUUACCAACGUCGGCCAUAAACACUACUGGUUGGACCAUACCAGAUGGUGUCGUACUGGCGGAUCCGACGUUUUCGAUGUCCAACGGUGUGGACAUGGUACUUGGGAUCGAGCAUUUCUUUGACUUCUUCGCAAGCGGUCAGAAAAUCUCACUGGGAGAACAGCUGCCAGCCCUGAACGAGUCGGUUUUCGGAUGGGUGGUAUGCGGCGGUUGCGCAGACUCACGGGAGUCUCCAAGGAUUAACUGCAACGUGUCGGCAUUGGAAAAGCUGGAUGCUUUGGUGGCUCGAUUUUGGUCCUGCGAGGAGGUCGAGUCAGCAGCCAGUAACUACUCGCCAGAGGAAGCACGCUGCGAAGCUCUGUACGCACAGUCGGUUCAACGUGGUACAGACGGACGGUAUUCGGUUGCUCUACCGAAAGCUGAAGACGCUCUGUCACGGUUAGGCGAGUCCAAGGACAUCGCCGUAAGACGUCUUCACGGCACAGAACGGAGACUGGCCAGGGACGAUCAUCUCCGGGAACAAUACGUCGCUUUUAUGCACGAAUACGAGCAGUUGGGACAUGUCGUAGAUUUAGAACGCAUCAAAUCUCAACCGAGCAAAAGUCUUUUGUUGUUCCAAGAUCCCACCACCCACCACUUAAAACAACACCGCUCGCUUUAACACUAAACACCAGACUCAAGACCUCUCUCCGAAUUGCGAUGCACGAAUCUACUCUCCCGAUACCAACGACCCGAAGCGCACAAACACACACAGAACUCUCUCAUUACUAUCUCACGCGCCGCGCGUCUCCAGCACGACACUCAACAGAAUCGCGCCGAAUACACACAACCCCAUCGACGCACCAAUACAGUCGCACCCGCGCUGUUGGUCUAUUUCAUAGCACACCGACGUCGUCUCCUUCGUGUGCGUCGACGCUCGUUCGAAAUUCGACACUAAUAAUUCAAAUGGUCAUAAAUGGUUUCUCUCAAAUACCUCGCACUAAUUCCGAUAUUCCAAGCCAUUUCUACGGAAUAACAUAACGUACACGCUCUAUCUGCGACAUUCUCCUUCUCCUGUACUCUGUUAAAAUAGUUAAAGUAGUUCUACUUUUAGCAAAACAAUAACAACCGCAAUCUUCAUUAAAAACUGGCAGAUCCUCUCAAACUUCGCAAGUUAUUCUCAACAUCAUCUCUCAAAUUUCCCUAUAACCUCAAUCAAAGUUCCAGCGCAACGCGCUAUCAGGCACCGCCUCUCAAAACAUUGCAUCAAACUGAUCGAAACUCUCCACACAUUGAUUAUUCUGUUCGCUGACAUUGUCUUCAAAAUUUCGGCUACAAAUUAAAUUUUUUAACAUCAUCCAAGAAAAUCAAUCCAAGACUCCAAAACAAUGCGUACAAAAUCUCAAGGCAAUCGCUUCUCAAAUCAUCGCUUCACACUGAGCAAAAUUCUCAAUCACAUCGACACUCCCCGGCUCGCAAUCAUCAUCUUAAACUUCUCCCAAGAAGCUCAACCAAAAACUUCAGGACAAACGUUGCUCAAAUUUUGGAUCGAACCAAUCAACACUCUCAACAAAACGACUCUUUACAACUCCCAAUCAUCCUUCGGUUCUCCAUAGAAAGUCAAUUAAAGGCUCCAACGCUAGACGUGUAGAGCCUCAGGCUACAGUAUCUCAAAUUCCUGCCUCAAACUGGGCGAAACUCUCAAACACAUCGAUGCUCGCCAUCGUCAUCUUCCAAAUUUUUCACAGAAAUUAAAAUCCUUAGCGAUUUCCCGCUUACAACCAUUAUCCCUUCAUUCCUCUUAGAAAACAAAUCUAAGGCUUUAACGAAGGCUAUUACAAUUACGCUCAUCAAAUCCUCGCAUCAAACUGAUCGAAAUUCGUAAACACAUCGUAAACACAUUAUCCACUAAAUUCUCACCAAACAUCAAAUUCCUAAUGAUAGCGAUUUUUUUUCAAUCAUGAUCUUUUAAAUCUCCCUAGAAAAUCUAUCAAAGGAUGUGACUCGAUCAAAACUAACCCUUUCUGAAUCUUCCCAAAAACUCAAUCGAAAGCUCUAACACAACUCAUAUGGACUUUGAAGCUACCGCCUCUCAAAUCCUCGCUACGAACUGAUCCAAAUUGAUAAACUUAUCGCUUAUUUUCGCUGAAAACCAACCUUUCCAAUUCUCUCCACAGAAGCUCAACUAAGGCAUAUAGGCCAUCAAGUGCCCGCCUACCCCAACUGACUGACACUCUCAAACUCACAACAAUUCUCGUUCGUAACGAACAUCAUUCAACCUCUCUCCAGAAACCCCAUCAUAGGCUUCAACGUAAGCGUGAAGGCUACCAGGACACCGCCCUUCAAAACUCUCGCCACCAACCGACCGGAAAUCCCGAAAUUCUCACCUCCUCCUGCAACCAGCCUAAUCCCCAGAAACUCAACUAUCAUACCCAAACUCUCUCCAGCAACUCAAUCUAAACGUAAGACGUGUUUGUUAUUGAUCCACCAUCCGUCAGAAGUGACUGAUACGCUCCUCCUGGAAAACAAAUCAAAGGCUUCAACUCAAGGUGUGUUGGCUAUCAAAAUAGCCUUCUUUGCAUCGAAUUUAUCGAAAUUCUUAAACACAUCGAGCAUUUUGCUUGCUACCAUCAUCCUUGAAACCUUCACUAAAAAAUCAAAUUAUUAAGCGAAACGACUUUUCGCUCACAAUCAUCAUCAUGUAAUUCUAGCAUUGGUGUCACAGUUGCCUCAAAAAAUCACUCCAUGGACCACAGAUGAUAAGAAGGAACCAACCAUCACCGCUUCGCCACCUUCAAAAGCCCCUAUCAUGCAGAUCAAUCAGAAACUCAAUCAAAGGCUGUGACUGAAAUCAUAAACUCGUCAAUCACCCUCUAUCAAAAACAACUCUUUCUGAAUUCUCCCCAGAACUCAAUCAAAGGAUCCAACACAACUCAUGUAGGCCUACUGUAUCUCAAAUCCUCACCAAAUUCACAAACUCAACGAUUGCUUUCGCUCAAAAUCAGCCUUUCCAAAAUUCAUAACAGAAAUUCGGUCCAAAGCCAUUUAACCUCUCUCCAGAAACCCCAUCAUAGGCUCCAAGUUUGAAGGCUACCAGACCACUGCUUUGCAAACUUUCGCCUCAAACCGACUGGACAUCCUGAAUCCCACGAUUCCUCCCGCUUGAAACCAGCCUCAUUCCCAGAAACUCAACUAUCAUCCCCCAACUCUCUCCAGCAACUCAAUCUAAGCACACAGCGUAUGGCGUGCUUGCUAUCAAUUCGCCGUAUAUCAUUCGACUCGACUGGUCUUCUCCAUUUCACCUCUAACUCUCUCUAGAAACACACCAAGGCUCCAUCGCAAAGAUUGAACUACUCCAACUCCCUUCAAACCUGCAGUUAACAGUCACGCUCCUCCCAUGAAAUCAUUGCAGCAAAUGAGCAACGCUCGUCUUAUCAACCUUCAUACUUCAGUCAACGAACCAAACUCAUCAUCUGACUGACGUGUCAAAAUACAUAUGCAUUCCUGUGGCCAACCUCUCAUAAUUAUGCAUUCUUGUUUCCAACGACUAACGCCCGAGUCUUGAAUACACCCCUGUAGCCAACGAGCAACGCCCGUCUUUCAAACACCUCGCUGCAGAAAUCGAGCAAAGCUGAUCUUGUAAAUACACCCUUGUGGCCAGCGAACAACGCUCGUUUUACAAAUACUCCGUUCUGGCCAACGAGCAAAGCUCGUCUAAUCAAACAUAGGGGGAUGGCGUCGCUAUUUUUAGACCACAUUUUCCACUUUUUCUCAUCGAAACCGACUACUUUAUCGACUUAAUUUUGCUGGGCGAGAUAGGACGCCGUCUAUUUUUAGACGAUGACUCAGCACUUUUCCACUCUUGCACUUAAAAAAACCAGAUGGCAGCACGAUGUAACGCCACGUCCCUAUGUACC